UUGAACAAUUGCAUCAACAUAGAUAUGAUGAGAAAACUUGUACAUUUUCUUUCAGUGGUUUGGUUUGCUUGUGGACUAGCUGACGAAAGGAUGGAGAACUUAUCUGGUCGUUCUGGUACAAUCACCUCCCCGGGCUAUCCUAGUUAUCCAAACAAUGUCAAUUACACCUGGAUUAUAAGAACUGAACAGCCUGAAAUGACUGUUAGUUUUACAUUUGAUGAUCUGAACAUCAUCAUAAAUAGGGAUGAUGAAUGCAAGAACGACUUUGUAGCGAUAACGGAGAUCGACCCGUGCUGUAGCGAAUUUCUACGAAAAUGUGGUCAAUUGGAUCCAUUUACAGUAAAUGUAACCGGGAACGUCACAAGAAUAUCAUUUGUUACUGACGGGCGAGAUACAGCCAAGGGCUUCAAACUCAGAUGGAAAGUUACAGGAGGUAAAGAUCAGCCAGAGAAUCACUCUACAAGUGCAUUUUCAUCCAUAACAAAGAUGGAUAUUCUUCCCUUGAGUAAUUCAGCAACGGCAUUCUUAUCCCCAACAACACGUACACGGGAGACAGUUACGACCGAUGCACCAAAUGUACCAAUUACUGCGACUUUGUAUUCAGCUGAUAGGUCCCUGAAAACUUCUGAAUUUGAAUUGACCAGCAUGAUUGGAACAUUGACAGAAUCGGAGGUAACAGAAGAACCAGAUGAUGCAUCAAUAGAUAUUCUUCCCUUGAGUAAUUCAGCAACGACAUUCUUAUCCCCAACAACACGUACACGGGAGACAGUUACGACCGAUGCGCCAAAUGUACCAAUUACUGAGACUUUGUAUUCAGCUGAUAGGUCCCUGAAUACUGCUGAAUUGGAAUUGACCAGCAUGAUUGGAACAUUGACAGAAUUGGAAGUAGCAGAAGAAGCAGACGAUACAUCAAUAGUUACAUUUGUGGUGGGAGGUGCUUGUGCGGUCGUGAUUACGUAUGCGUUCAUAGCUGUAGGUGUUUAUAUAGUCAAACAAUGGAGAAGUCGUUCAAUGGAAAAUUUCAGAAGACCAACAAACAGUGGAAAAUACAUACUUGAUUCGAGCAAAACAGUUUGCAAUUUGGACAACUUCUAUGACACUAUUCCAGAAGAGCACUUCUCUUUAUUUGAUGACAAUGUUGAAUCGACCAUCUACGCUGAGGUUCCAGAAAACACAUAUGACAGAAUGUUUACUAGGAGGCCACGUGUGAAUGAUGGUAUCAUAAACAUUUACGGGUCAUCAUCACCAAUAAACACCACCUUCCAAAAGAACAAAUUUACAAGUAUCAAAGUACACUAGCAUCCGAGGUUUAGAAUACUGUUAUCAAUGGUUUAGAAAAGAUUCCUAGAUUUCAAAAUUUGAUCGAGUUUUGUUUGGGAGCUGAAUUGAUAAAAUGUAUGUGCUUUCAUUUUUGAAAAUGAGACGUGCAAACUAACGGACUCCCUUGAAUUGUUUUCAAUUCAUCAGUUAAUAAAUGUUCAGUGGUUUAUAACC